CACAGGCCUUUCCCAGCUCGGCUCAGGCUUUUCUACAGAUAUUGAGUAUCGUAUUCUACUAUCGUGCUCGUCCUGAUAGAGCAAAACCACCAGCACACCUUUCGAGGUCGAUCCUGCUUAUCAUGUCUCAGGACGAAGGAGAGAAGCGUGGAGAGUUUAGCGUCACCCUGACGCCUCCGCUGCCCCAGACUAAGGUGCUUAACUGCAACUGCUCUGCGUGCACACGAUUCGGCUAUCUUCUCGUUUACCCCGAGGCUUCAUCUGUUACUUGGUAUAACGACAGCCGUGCUCGCUGUAGCAACUACCGCUUCAAUACCAAGAAUAAAGAUCAGAUGUUCUGCGAGUACUGCGGAGCUAGCAUCGGCAUCGAUUUCCGCGAGGUCUACGCACCGAAGCACAUUUAUGGCAUUAGUGUUCGUACUUUCUUCGAUAUCGAUCUCGACUCCCUCACCUACCGCAAAUUGGAUGGACGGAACAAAGUUCAGCCAGCAGGCGAUUUGUCCGGGCAGUAUUGGGAUGAGGAAGCACAUGCAUUGAAAUAGAGGUGGUGCCUGGAGGAACGUACUUGCUAUGUACGACUCGACGCUAGGUCGACAUAUCAUGGAUGUACGCGAAAGUGCUUGCGUAGCCCAACGUGGGCUGCGAACAUGCGCAAUUCA